GCGGGGCCGAGGCUGAUGGACAGGUGGGGGCUCCAAGCCCCGCCCCUUCCCUCCUCCUUCCUUCCCUCCCUCCCUCCUUCCUUCCCUCUUUCCCUGCUUCUCCUCCAUCUCCUCCUCUUCCAGGACCCCCCCCUUCCCGGCCACACCCUGUGCUCCCCCCACUCAAAAGCACCCUCCAUCCCUCCCUCCAUCCCUUCUUUCCCCCCUUUCUCCUUUUUGUCUGCCGCAUCCUCCACCCUCUUUGUCUUCCCUCCAGCAUCCCUUCUUCUUCUUCUUCUCUUCUUCCUUUUGGGGAAGGAGGGAGGGAGGGGGGCUCCACCAUGGGCCCUCCUUGGGGGAGAUGAGCCUGGGGAGGGGGCCCAGGGGGAGGAGGAGGAGGAGGAAGAAGAGGAAGAGGAGGAGGAAGGGGGAGGCCCGCAUGGACCUGGAAGCGGACGUCGGCCAUGGGGCAAGUCCUGGGGUUUGCCCACUGCAGUAGAAGAAUCUCCUUCAACCGCCUCCACCACACCAGAUUCUACAGACGGCGGCAACGACGAGUCCGACUUCCCGGAGCUGCAGACGGCAAGGGAGUUUUCGGAGGAUGAAGAGGAAGAGGAGGCCUCGGUGGAAUGGGGCACCCCCAGGGAGCUGACCUUCUCGUACAUCACCAUCGCGACCCCCAAUAGUGGGGGAGGAGGGGCGGGGCCGAAUUCGGGGGACCUGGGCUCCCGGAACCGGAGGGACUCCCACGGCCGCCGGGCACGGGCCCCGCUCCCCCGGACGGAGACCUGCGAGACCUUUGUGCCGGCGCUGGGGGACAGUUUGGAGAACAUUCCCAGCCUGUGUCCGUCCCCCGAGACCGGCGGGCCGGGACUGGAUCCCUUUGCGGGAUGGGAAGCCCACUCCGGACAAGCGGACACCGAAGGAGAGGAACACCUCGCAUCUCAACCUCACAGCCCUGCGGUGCGGGCCGAGGAAAGCGGGCAAUGCAGCAGCAGCAGUGAUUCCUCCUCAGAGACAUCCCUGGGUGACCUUCCGCCACUGGACGCCUCGGAUCCCGAACUGGAAGAAGGAGGACCGAAUGGGACCAGAAGUGUCCACCUCUGUAUAUUGACCUCGACUCUUCAACAUGACCAUUGCCCAUCACUGGACAACAGAGACGAGGAGGAAGGAGAGGCGGGACUAAGCUGGGAGCCAAUCACAGAGCAGCGUCAGGCGCAAGCAGACCAAUCAGAGAGCCCGCUGGAAAUAUGCAUCCUAGUGGCGGAGCUGGUGUACUGGCGGGACACGCGGGCCUCGGCCGGCGUCUUCACGGUGCUGAUGGUGGCCUUGCUCUGCCUGCUGCACUUCAGCAUCAUCAGCGUGGCCUCCUACGUCUCCCUGGCCGCCCUGGCCGUCACCAUCUCCCUCAGGGUCUACAGCAAGGCGCUCCAGGCCCUCCACCGGGGAGAGGGCAAAAACCCCUUCCAGGCCCAGUUGGAUGCCGACUUUGGGCUGUCAAAGGAGCAGCUGGAGCGCCUGACGGAGCGGGUGGUCUUCUACGUCACGUCCGGCACCAAGUCCCUCCAGCGCCUCUUCCUGGUAGACGACCUGGUGGAAUCCAUUAAGUUUGCAUUCUUCUUCUACAUCCUCACAUAUGUCGGAGCGGUUUUCAAUGGGCUGACCUUGCUUAUACUGGGUGUGAUAAGUGCAUUUACCUUCCCUCUGCUGUACCGGCAACAUCAGGCACAGAUCGAUCAGUAUGUUGGGCUGGUGAGGAAUCAGUUGAGUAACCUCAGAGCAAAGAUGCUGGCUAAGCUGCCAACAGCCAAAGCGAAAGCCGAAUGAGCGGCGCCCUUCUCCGUCCUGGACCGACACACCCAUUUCUGCCCCUCCUUCCAUCCUUCCCUCCUUCCACACUGUCUCAACCAUUCAUUCUUUCAUUCAGAAACAGGGCCCAAAGAAACUAGAUCUCCCAUUUCCCCUCCCUUUGCGUGAUGUCCACCUCGAAGCUGGAGAAAAGGAGACGGAGAAAGCAAUGCUGUGGGAUGAAUGCAGUUUGGCCUCACUUUAGCUCAGGCCUGGGCACACUUGGGUCUAGACUGCGGCAUUGAUGCGGUUUGGUGCCACUUUCAGCACUAUGGCACCAUGCAACGUGGUUCUGGGAGACAUGGUUUGCACUCUUUGGCAUUGGACUUGUGAAACUAUAAUUCUCAUGACUCCAUUGCCUUGGGGCAUGUCAUUUUGAUUGAUGCCAAACCCACAAUUCCUUUGGUUUCCAUAGCAAUGCAUCAGGGCGGUCAAAGUGGUAUUGAACUGCAUCAAUCCGGCAGUGUAGAUGCCCAAUGAAAGGGACAAAAGGCCACUCUAGCUGUCACUCUGGUGAUUUGAUGCCCCAUUUGAGAUGCCCUUGGCAUCACAAAUAUGGUGCCAAGGAAGGAAGGAGUUGCACAUGAUGCCGCUUCAGUAUCUAGUCCAAAGAACUAUGAUUCUAUUCUGGAUGUUUUUAAGUAGGGGCUGGAUGGCCAUCUGUCAGGAGGGAUCGGAUUGUGCCUUUAUGGUGGAUUAGAGUUGGACUGGAUGGCCUUUAGGUCCCUGUUAUAACCGUAGGAUUCUAUGGAUGUCUCUAAAUAAAUGCUGGAUGGCCAUCUGUUGGGAGAGAUCAGAUUGUGUCUUCCUGCCUGGCAGAAAGGGGUUGGACUGGAUGGCCUUUGGGGUCCCAACUCUAGAAUUCUAUGGAAGUUGUUAAGCAGAAACAGGAUGGCCAUCUGUCGGGAGGGAUCGAAUGGUGCCUUUCUGGCAGAUUGUGGUUGGACUCGAUGGCCUUUGGGUACCCCUUCCAACUCUAGGAUUGUAUGGAAGUCUCUAAGCAGAGGCUGGAUGGCCAUCUGUCAGGAGGGAUUGGAUUGUCCCUUCCUAUCUUGCAGACUCGGGUUGGACUGGAUGGCCUUUGGGGUCUCUUCCAACUCUAGGAUUGUAUGGAAGUCUCUAAGCAGAAGCUGGGUGGCCAUCUGUCAGGAGGGAUCGGAUUGUCCCUUCCUAUCUUGCAGACUCGGGUUGGACUGGAUGGCCUUCGGGGUCUCUUCCAACUCUAGGAUUCUAUGGAAGUCUUUAAGCAGAAGCUGGAUGGCCAUCUGUCAGGGGGAUCAAAUGGUGCCUUCCUACCUGGCAGGAGGAGGUUCCAACUCUAGGAUUUAAUGGAAGUCUCUAAAUAAAGGCUGAUUGGCCAUCUGCUGGGAAGGAUCAAAUUGUGCCUUUAUGGCAGAUUGGGGUUGGGCUGGAUGGCCUUUGGGUGCCCCUUCCAACUCUAGGAUUCUAUGGAAGUCUUUAAAGCAAAAGUUGGAUAGCCAUCUGUUGGGAGGGAUCGAAUGGUGUUUUCCUUCCAACUCUAAGAUCCCAUGAUUCUAGUCCAGAUCCAAGGACUUUCCCAAUCCAAUUUCUUUCACAUUGCGCAUUUCAUCCUUCGGUGCCCUUUUCCAUAUCUUCAACCGAAUCUAUACCUUCAUUGGCUUUGAGGUGGACACCCCAUCACCCCCCUCCAAUCCCACCCCUCACAACCUCCUCUUGGGACUUUGGGGCUCCUCUUGCCCCCCGGACGCCACUCAGAUGAUCCCCAAACGGGGCACCCGGUUCUUUGAUUUUGCCUGGAUUUACACUUUAAUAAAAACAGUUGUGGAAAAAAAUAACCCAAAAGAA